GGAGUUUGAAUGAUCACGCGCAAUGUGGAAAAUUGGGGUUCGGUGAGGCAAAGUGGCUUCUCACACUAAUGACAGUACCUAGCAACUACUCGAAUUUGUCAUAAACCAUGACAACGAGUAUGCAAAGAGAAGGCAGCAUUGGUUGCUUGAGCACGCCAAGGCUCCCGAUGCAGAAAAGAAUUCACCCCUUCCUACCUAGCCCAGCUCCACGAGAAGAAGCACUGCGCCCAGAAUUAGGAAGCGGGGAAGACGGGUCUCCCGAGGGCACGACACCCGCUACAGCACGCCCAUUUCCAACCUCAAAGGGCCCCGUCUUGCGGUUCUUGGACGAUCUUUGACAAAGCAGGCCCUCUGAUCAGCACACUGACAUUUUCAAAGAUUGAGAACC